CCAAGCCACUGUCGUGCCUCCAAUGCAUUUGUCUUGACCUCGAUAUUGUUGAUUUGUUUGCAUGUACAAUGUCUAUAAUGCAUCACUGUUCAUAAGGCUCGCUCUGUCACGAUUGACCAUUGUCCAGUAACACCGGUGUCUUACCUGCCGAAGCAGUUGUCCAGCGUCACUCCGCCUCCUUUGAUGCAGCAGGACCAGUCGCAGUCCAAACAUACCUGCGGUACCUUGCGUUGGUCACGCUACCGACAUCCAAUCAGCCUCGAUCGACAAAGAUCACUGCAGAUAAGCGAGCAUAUGAUGAUCAAGCCUAAGAGCCUGUGGAUUUCCUGACUUCCCUCUUCUCAUCUCCUAAAAUGCCUGCUCGCGCCGCCGACCCUCAUGACGAUGUACCUACCACGAGACCGGUGGAGGGGUUGGGCCUCAAGGCCAAAACACCCAAACCUACGGGCAGCCCAGCCAAGAAAGAAGAAAGGACUAAAGCACAAGAUGUAGCAGAACUGAAAGACUACCAGCUGGGCGAUUGCUUGGGCAAAGGCGCAUUUGGUUCGGUUUACCGGGCGCUGAACUGGGGGACUGGGGAGACUGUUGCCGUGAAGCAGAUCAAGUUGACGGACUUGCCAAAAAGUGAACUCAGAGUCAUCAUGCUGGAAAUUGACCUGCUCAAGAACCUGGAUCACCCAAACAUCGUCAAAUACCAUGGAUCCGUCAAGACUCCAGACACUCUGAACAUUAUCCUGGAAUACUGCGAGAAUGGAUCAUUACAUUCCAUCUCCAAGAACUUUGGCCGCUUUCCCGAGAAUUUGGUCGCUCUAUACAUGUCACAGGUGCUCCAAGGUUUGGUCUACUUACACGAGCAAGGUGUUAUACAUCGAGACAUCAAAGGAGCCAAUAUCCUCACCACCAAGCAGGGACUGGUCAAGCUGGCGGACUUUGGUGUUGCCAGUAGGACUACUGGGUUGCAUGAGUCAAGUGUGGUCGGCACUCCAUAUUGGAUGGCGCCUGAAGUCAUUGAACUCACCGGAGCAACCACUGCUUCAGAUAUAUGGAGUCUGGGUUGCACAGUGAUCGAGCUUUUGGAUGGCAAACCACCGUAUCAUACACUCCAACCGAUGCCGGCUUUGUUUCGUAUAGUCAACGAUGACCAUCCUCCUCUCCCACAGGGUGCCUCGCCCGGUGUCCUGGACUUCCUGAUGCAGUGUUUCCAAAAGGACCCAAACCUAAGAGUGUCUGCUAAAAAGUUACUGAAACAUCCAUGGAUCGUGAAUGCGAGAAGAACGGAUUCUGUCAAACCAAAGAACGCCACUGAAUACACCCAAGCUGUGAAAUAUGUGCAAGAGUGGAACGAAGCUCUGAAGGAUUCUCCUAACAGCAACUCGAUACGAAAGAAUUCUAACGCGUCAACGGCCAGUCCGGUACCUGCACCCAAAGAUCUCCUUCGUCCUAGCAAGAAUCAAGUAAAAUCCCCCGUCCCUGUGUUCAACAGAGAGGACAAUACCACCCGGUUCCGCUCAUUGGAGGACGAUGACAACUGGGAUAAUGACUUUGCAACUGCCAUAUCUCCAAGCACCUUCAAGCUGCCUCAUCUGCGGCCUCAUGACAACUUUGGUGGCAUGCUGUCAUCCGACAAAUUGAAAGCUUUUGCUACGGUGGACAACGGAGCUGGUAAAGAAAAUGACGCCUUCUUCGAAGACAAAGACUCGACCCUGAAGGCUUCCUCGUUAGCAGGCAGCGAGGGCUACAAGACUGUCCGACCGAUUAUGCAUAAGAAGCCAGAAAUGGGCCACGCUCGCCACAAAUCUGAAGUGCCUAAACCAAGAAGCAAGCCUAUAACGACUCCCCGUAAAGCUUCCUUACCAUCUGCGCGCCAAGCUACCAAUCUGUCGAGGAGUAAACCUCCAAUACCCAAGCCCACCGCAGAUGAGCCUCCAACACGACGUUACCGAGAAAACUCAGUCGAGGACUUUUCGGACCUUAUCAAUGGAAAUGAGUUGGCGCUGGAUACCAAGCUUGGGAUGAUGCGCUUGCACAAUGAAGCCCCAUCCAAGAUCCUAGAGUCUCCGAGCGUGACGGACUUAAUGCAGAGUAUGAGGCCGCCGAAACCGGGAGGAAGUCUCAGGAGGCCUUCCGCACCUCGAAACAAAAUCUCAAUGCGAAGGACGAGGUCGUCUAUUGAAAUCCAGCGAUUUGCCGAGAACGAAGAAGACGAAGAUUUCUCGGACGUCUUCGCACACACGGGCUCAGUCUUCGAGAAGCCCGAUAGCGAGGACGGUUCAGAGCUCAUGCUGAACUCCAAGAUCUCCAACCUAUCUUGGCUGCCGGAUGCAGAAGACGAAGACGACCCCUUUGCACAGCUAGAAGAGGGACUGCCUGAAGUCGACCUGGAAUCCAACAUAGCUCGAGAUAAGCAUGCCCGGUUGAGAACAGAAGUGGAAGCCCUAGUGGGCCAGCUCAAGGUAAUGCAGGACGAUGACGCUUUGCUGCAGAUUUCUGAAGACCUCAUGAAUUUCUUCGACUUGUUUUCGGAAACGAAAAGCGUGAUUGUCAGUGCACACGGUGUGCUUCCUAUCCUGGAGAUUCUCGAGGACUGUAUGCGUCUUGAUGUCGUUCUCAACCUGCUGAAAAUUGUGAAUGCGCUUAUCUUCAAUGACGAGGAUGUUCAAGAGAAUUUGUGCUUCGUGGGCGGCAUUCCGAAGAUCAACAAAUUCGCUUCGAAGAAGUUUCCUAGAGAAAUUCGUCUCGAAGCUGCAGCCUUUGUGCGACAGAUGUACCAGACCUCGACUCUGAUUCUCCAGAUGUUUGUCAGUGCUGGUGGUUUGACAGUCCUGGUUGACUUUCUGGAAGACGAUUAUGAUGACGACCGCGAACUGGUUCUUAUUGGAGUCAACGGUAUCUGGAGCGUCUUUGAGCUGCAAGGAUCAACUCCAAGAAACGACUUUUGCAGAAUCCUUUCCCGCAAUUCAGUGCUGGAACCUUUGUCACUAGUUCUCAACAGAGUAUUGAUGGAACCUUCCGAAUCCGGGGAUCAAAAAGAACUGGCAGCAUUAUGCGAAGGCCGGAUCGCCAGCAUCUUCUUCGUCUUCUCGCAGGCCGAGAACUACGUUAAAGAGCUUGUCGCGGAACGGACAGUCUUGCAUCGCGUCCUCAAGAACCUCAAACGAAUGUCACCAUCACACCAGGUCACCAUGCUCAAGUUCAUCAAGAACUUAUCAAUGCUGUCGACAACUUUGGACGCACUCCAUAAUUCGAACGCCAUCGACGUUCUAGCCGAACUUCUUUCCAACAGCAUGAACAAGCCGCAUUUUAGAGAGAUGUCGAACCAGAUUUUAAACACGAUUUACAAUCUCUGCCGAUUGUCGAAACGACGGCAAGAAGAUGCGGCCUUGGUCGGCAUUAUCCCAAUACUCAUCAAGAUUGUCAAGCAGGAAAAGACUCCUGUCAAGGAGUUUGCCUUGCCAAUCUUGUGCGACAUGGCUCAUUCUACCCGAGCGGCUCGACGAGAGCUUUGGCAGAACAAAGGCCUGGCGUUCUAUGUCUCGUUACUAUCUGACCCAUAUUGGCAGGUCACUGCGCUUGAUGCCAUAUUCACAUGGCUUCAGGAAGAGACUGCUAGAGUUGAAGAUCAUCUCUUGGAGAAUCAGAACUUCACGUCCGCCAUUAUUGCUGCAUUGACCAGCAGCAAAUCGACCUCUUUCGAGAAUCUGCUUGAACCUCUGCAGAAGCUCCUACGUUUGUCUCCACCUCUUGCUGCAUCUAUGGCGAGAAGUCCGGAAUUGUUUGAAACACUGGGACAGAAACUGACGCACAACAAGCCUGCUAUCCGGCUCAAUCUGCUUCGAAUCAUCGGCAGUAUCUGCGACUCGGCCGAAGGAGGUUGCUUCCUCCUGGACCAGUAUAGCCUGUACGAUGUCAUUCGAGAACUAUCCUAUUCAGACUCUGCAGUCCUGGUCCGCAGUAUGGCCGGCGACCUCAUCCGCUCUUACGAAGAGAAUGAUAAUGUCAGCAUCAAGAGUGGGCAAGGCGCCUCUGCAGCUGCCACAGCCGGACGACGAAAACAUCCCGGCUUCCAGCGACGAACUAGCUCCACGACUCCGCCUCACUUGCUUGAACGGCAGAUGAGCAUGCCCACGUCUCCACAGCUAGGCCGCUCCGAGCGCGCAAGCAUGAACAUGUACGAGCCGCCCGUGGCACAGACACCCAGACGCCAGCGCAAUGGCGUGUAUGUCAAUGGAACAAACGUGAUGCGUCCUGCCAGCCGUGACGGUUCGUCGUAUGUGCGCGAGAACUCUCCGGCAUUUGCGAUGCCGAGCCUCACUCGCGCAAACACCGCCAGCGCCGUGUCGGAGAUGAAUAUCAAUAAGAGCCGCCUGCCUCGGCAGUCCACGGUGGGCACUGGAAUGAGCACUGGGCAGCAUCGUCUCUCAAGACAGAGCACGCGAGAGAGUAUGAUCGGUUCGGCGAGAGCAUCAGCGUCGACUUCGAGCUCUGUCGAGAAGGAGACGACUGUGCGCUCACAGCAGAGUAACAGUAGUGAGGGGAACACGCCGGUUACGUUGACGCCCGUUGCCGAGGCACGGAUGCGGAGGGAGGCGAGGCACGCGCAUACCAGCAGUAUGAGCAGUGCUAGUAAUGGGAUACGGUCAGGGACGAGACAAGGACCGGGCCAGGGUCAGUCGCAGCCGCAGGUCGAAGUCACUGUCAACAGGAGGACAACGGCCAGACGGCAGGCAACUGGUGAUGAUCGUUGGGGUUAGGGCUCGCAUUGAGGACAUGUAUUAUAAGGGUGUGGAUGAUCUGCUUUCUGUUUCUGUUCCUCGAGUUGGGGUUUCUCGCCCCGAAGAAUGGGUCUUUGAUGGCUUACCUUGUGCAAAGCUUCCACUGAGACUGGCGGACCAUUCGUCGAGGACGUGUGAGCUAAAGUCAGACGAACGCCUUGGUCGACGAAAACAUAUCGUGAGUUUGUACCUAUGAUAGUGUAGACCACGCGAAGAAAAGGAC